AGAGAAGAGAAGGUGCAGAGAGCAGAGGAGCUGAACAGUGAGAUACCAAAAUAAGAGGAAAGAAGUUAUGAGACCAGGGCAGCUGCAAAAACUGAGAGGGCAGCGUAAUCAAAGACAGAGAGCAAGUAGAAGCAGUAACUGAUAGAGAUCAACUUAUAACCACGACAGACUCUCUCAGCUGAAAGGAACAUGGGGACGGAUAACAGCACUUUCAAUGCAACUCAGUCACCUGAACAAGAUGCAGCUUCCACACACAUACAAACAGUCUCCAUUGUCAUCUACUGUGUGAUAUUUAUAGCUGGAACUCUGGGCAAUGGCCUGGUUAUCUACGUGGCGGGAUUCAAAAUGCAGAAAACAGUCGACUCGGUUUGGUUUCUCAACCUGGCCAUAGCUGACUUCCUCUUCACAGCCUUCCUGAUUUUGUCGAUCAUUUCUCUCUCUCAGAGUCACCGAUGGCCUUUUGGAGCAUUCUUGUGCAAGCUCAACACCUUUGUGAAUGUAGUCAACAUGUUUGCCAGUAUUUUGUUUUUAACAGCCAUGAGUUUGGAUCGUUGUUUGUGUAUCUGGGUGGUGGUGUGGGCACACAACAAACGCACAGUCAGCAAAGCUCAGCUUAUAUCAGCUGGGAUCUGGGUGAUCGCUGGCGUCUUCAGCACUCCUUAUGCCACUUUUCGCACUGUUUCAGAAAGCACUGGGAAGAUGACCUGUUAUUAUGAGUUUAAAACUAAUGAAUCAAGAUGGACUCUCUACACUUUUCGCUUUGUUAUGGGCUUUGUGAUCCCAUUCCUGAUAAUAGUGAUCUCUUAUGUGUCCAUUGGUAUCCGUGCAAUGCACAUGCAGAGAACAAGGAGACGCAGAUCUCGCCGGGUCAUUUUCUCCAUCAUUUUUGCAUUCUUCAUCUGUUGGUUGCCUUUCCACAUUUUCAAUUUUAUAGAAUUGAAGUUUAGUACUAACUUAGAGCUGCAGGGGAUUGUUAGAAUGUAUGGUCCUCUGACUGUGAGUCUGGCUUUUCUGAACAGCUGUUUGAACCCCAUCCUUUAUGUUUUCAUGUGUGAAGAAUUCCAGAAGAAAUUUCGACAGUCCAUUUGUUUUGUACUCGAGAGUGCACUGGCAGAAGACCAUUUGUCAUUUCUGUCCACCCGCUCCAUGUCAUCAACCUUCUCAAAAGCUUCCCAAAAGUCAAACACUGCUGCCACUUUAGAUCGGAUUGACCCAGCCAUUUAUGAAAACAUCCCAGAAAGCACAGUAAUCAUCACUGAGGGGAUUCCUAGAACUGAAGAAGAGUGCACCACCAGACAAUGAAUAUUGAAAUUAAUCAUUGUUUUUUGUUUUACAAAUUUACGCUCAUGAACAGACAUACACAAUAUUUCCAAAAGUGUUUGCUCGUCUGCCUUCACAUGUAUAUGAACUUGAAUGAAGCCCUUAUUCAUUCAUGUAAUGAAUUUUACAUCAAUUUCUAAUGAAUUUUAUUGAAUUAAAUGGAUUUUUUGUUUUUUAAAUUUUAAACUCUUGCACAGAAAUAUAAAAUGUCAUCAUGUUAGUAUGGUACUUGUCUAUUGUUGCACAGACAGGGAAUAUCCCACUAUGCUUACUAUAUUUAC